AGUUGAUUUACCGACUUCGUGGAAAAACUAUACUUGUUAUGAAAGUAUGGCAAAGUACUCAUUCCCAGAUACCCUCUGACUUGUUGGCAGAGUCGCCAACUCGGUAUACUAUCCCUGGGAGGUUCGACUUUAAUUUCUCGCUUGUCCAUUUGGGUUAUUCAACCAUUUUGCUUUAUUUGAUUGUGAUGGUAUGUGUGCAAGCGAAGUUAAUUUCCAGCCUCAAACAUAACAUUUUUAUUUCACCCCUCGCGAUUGUCGGAAAACGGAGACCCAAUUUACUGAGAGCAGAUGAAAACUAAAUUAUGCCGUGGGCUACGAAAAGUGAGGAUGACUUUUAAUUGUAGCGCUUAGCGUAGGGAAAGAGAAUGGAGAUGUCAUGCAAUGAGAGGAACCUGGGAUCAAGACAUCUGAAAAGCGAAAGUACGACAACUUCCGGCCUACAUGUUUAUUCUACAGACAGUUGACGAGAGUAAGGGAAAAAAUCGGUCCUGUUUAGAAUGUUACCAAAUCUUAAGAGGAAGAAACUUAUGGGGAGCGGGAGUUUUGGAAGCGUUUACAAAGCUGAAUGGAACGGUGGACCAGUAGCAGUUAAAAUUCUUCAUGAAAAGCUCUUCACAUGUCCUCGCAACGAAUAUUUGGCGCAGUUUGAAGCGGAAUGCAAAAUUCUACAAAACCUCCAGCAUAAAAACGUGGUUACGUUAUUGGAAUUUAUCAUUUCACAUACUUCACCGCCAAUGCUGGUAACUGAACUCUUGGAUUGUGAUUUAGGGAAGUACAUUGCUAAUUGUCAUCCAGGGAGGAUUCCAUAUUCAGAAACUGUCUCGAUUAUGUUAGACGUGGCGGAAGGUCUCGCGUAUCUUCAUCAGCAAAAUCCACCGAUAGUUCACCGAGACUUGGCCAGCAAAAACAUACUUCUGACCAAGGAAAGGCAGGCAAAGAUUGCUGAUGUCGGUCUUGCCAUAGUGCUUCCAAAAGGCGAACAAAAUUAUUGUUCUCCUGUACCCGGAACGCCAGUUUAUGCUGCGCCAGAAACGUUUCACCCCGACUAUGAUCCAAUUUUUCCCGUUUCAAGGGGCCGAUCGCGUGUCGAAUAUGACAAUAAGAUUGACAUCUUUUCACUCGGAAUCACUUUGAUGGAAGUUAUAAACGGACGGCUGCCCUCCCCAAAACCAUGGACACCUUUUACGAAAGGUACGUAUCGCACUUUUGUAAACAAUACAUGCAACUGAACAUAUUUUAAAGAAAAUACAGGUCCGCAAUGCAUGCGCGUGUGGCUCAUGCACGAACUCUUCACGCUACUGACAUUGAAGUUCUUGAGAGAAAGUAAAACCUUAAAAUAGGUGGCAAUGGUCAUAAAUCAAGUGUAAGUAUUAUUUUAGUAUAAUGUCAAAAAAAAAACAACAACAACAACAACAGAAACGUAGCGGGGUCUUUUGGUGGCAACGAAUGGAAGAAGAGAGCCAUGAAUUGGAGUUAUGUAGACCUCGAUCGUAAAAAGUCAUAAUUUCUAGCAAAAUUCGUUGGAAAAAUUUGCCUUUUUUUUCAUUUUUACGUUUUUUUCAAGGGUAGGCUGGUCGAAGGGGGUGGGAUAUCUCGGAGCUUGAGCUUGGUAUACGUCUUUAGCCAACCAACGAGUUCCCUGUAGCUCAGUGCUACAGCGUGGUAUCUUGAAAUUGAAUCUUACCCAGGAACAUGCAACUUGGCAGUCAUAUUUUACUCAGUUCUAGUACCCACGUUGGCAAGCUCUAGAACUGCGACUUAUCAAGCUUUUGUUGCAGCAAAUUAUACCUUUUUUCCCUCUUUAUUGAGCAGAUGGUCGACAAAUACCAGAAAAGGAACGCCGUCAGAGUGACAUCGAGAUGAUGGGUGAGCAUAAGCUGAAAGAUAUCGUCUUCUGUUGUAUCAAGGAUUCCCCUAAGAAGAGACCUAGCGCCAAGGAGCUCGCUGAACUGUUUCAAUGUGAAUCUGAGAAGGUACAACAGAAGGAAAGAAUUGUUAUGGGGGGGAAAACUCCAAAGAUUGAAGUUGCCGUUCUCGGAGAGUCCGGUGUAGGAAAGUCAUCUCUAAUUUUACGGUAUUCUGACCACAUCUUCUUUCAGGAAAUUGUUCCUACGUUUGGCAUGGACUUUAAGAAUUCUACGAUCCGUCUGCACGACCGAGAGUUUACUUUGAGAAUUGUUGAUACGGCAGGCCAAGAAAAAUGCCAAUCUAUAGUUCCACAGCUCAUACGAAACGUUCAAGGCAUAGCUAUUGUGUAUGAUGUAACAAAUAAGUCUUCUUUCACUAAAGGAGUUCCCAGAAUGCACCAGUUUAUUAAGAACUGUGCACCAGAUAAUGUGAGUUUAAUUUUAGUGGGUAAUAAAACGGAGGAGAGAGGACGCGUCAUCACUAGAAAGAGAGGGGAAAAUUGUGCCAAACAGCUCGGCAUUAAUUACAUCGAGACGAGUGCAAAAACUGGCCUAAACGUUGAAGAAAUGUUUAGAAUGAUUGCAAACGAGAUCUAUGGCAACUUAGAUUUGUCUGAUAUUGACGUAUACAUAUCUAGUAGAGAAAGAGAAAGUAACCUCGGUACUGAAUCAAGUUGCAACUGCUAAAUUAUCACAAGAUUAAGGUGGCACUGAUCUUUCAUUAAUGGGAAACGGGUAUCACCCAUCCCAUUCUAAGGUACAGGUACACAAAACCAAAAGAAUGAGUACUUCUAAAAAGCUGCAGUGGUGCUAUGGUGACAUUGUACGUGAAAAGAACGAAACAUUCCAAAAAUUAGGUGUUCUAUCUCACUUGCGAGGAGACAAAUAAAAACGCAGUGUAUUUUCAAUCAAUUAGUCUAAGAAUAGUCGUUUCAGGAUGACGAAGCCAUUUUUAUCAACCCUAAGUACAGUAACUGUGAACAUGAUUAAGACAAGAGAUGUGAGACACGUUUUGACCGUUGGAAUAGCCUACAAUACUUAAGGUAAAGAUGUUAUUUUUAUACUGUGGUGAAAAAGUAGGUAAAUGUAGCUUGGAUUAAGUUUUUAGUGGCGACGUAUUGGUGAAAGGAUUUGCCUCCCGAUUUUCCUUUCCCCACAAAAAUCAAUGUUCCUUACGACCCUUUAUUAAUGUUUAUUUGCCUAACCUUCGAAACACGCUUUUGAAAAGUUAGAGAUUUUCGAAGUUGCGGUAAUAUUGUAUUGUUAUUUUUCAAGUGAGAUGUCAAUAAAGAAAUCUUUGUGUUGGGUUGAUAGUGC